CAGGGAACGAAGGUGCGUCAUCCUCAAAAUCGACGUCGCGUGCGGUGAGCCCUCGUCAUCUGCACGAGCUGAUGGUGCUCGCGAAGCACGAGGUGGUCGACCCGCAAACUGCUGCUUGUAGCAGGACUGGUACAGUUGAUCCAGCAGCGGACUGCUUUGCCAGUCCGGUUCUGUGCAGCCUGAACCUUCUGCAGCGGCACGCACAGGGAUUGGUGUUCACAGUCUUGCGACCACCAGGCGGCCUGCGCGGAAACAAGCCGCGCGAAUCUGAUGCAAAAAGCCUGCUGAUCCUGAAUCCGUGGCGGCGAAAUUCACAUUUGAAAAAGCACGCCGGGGGUGCAACUUCUGUUGAUGAUGUGGCGAGCUCCGAGCUCGCCGCUUACAGGUCCA